CGGAGGGCGCAGUGGCGGUGCUGGUGGUGGGCGCUGCUGUGCAGCUGUUGCUUGCCCCCGCCGCUGCGGCCCCUCCCGCCCGCCGCCGCUGCCGCCGGGGGCGCGCUGCUGGGGGACAGUGGCGGUCGGAGUCCCGGACGCGCAGAGCAGUUGUCGUCUUCGUCCUCCGGCUUCCUCUACCGGCGCCUCAAGACGCACGAGAAGAGAGAAAUGCAGAAGGAGAUCCUCUCGGUGCUGGGGCUCCCGCAUCGGCCCCGGCCCCUACAUGGCCUCCCCCAGCCCCCGGCGCCCCAGCAGCAGCUUCGUGGAGAUACCCCACCAGGGAGACUGAAGUCCGCACCCCUCUUCAUGCUGGAUCUGUACAAUGCCUUGUCCGCCGCGGACGACGACGAGGGGGCGUCGCUGGAGGAGCGGCGGCGACCUCGACCCCUGGGAGCGGGCACUUCACCGCAGCCCCCGCAGCAGCCCCCAAGUGCCGCACACCCCUUCACCGGCAAGAAUCUGCUGGCUCCGGGACCUGGAGGCGGCGGCGCUUACCCUUUGACCAGCGCGCAGGACAGUGCCUUCCUCAAUGAUGCGGACAUGGUUAUGAGCUUUGUGAACCUGGUGGAGUACGACAAGGAGUUCUCCUCUCGCCAGCGACACCACAAAGAGUUCAAGUUCAACUUGUCCCAGAUUCCUGAGGGUGAGGCGGUGACGGCUGCAGAAUUCCGAAUCUACAAGGACUGUGUUGUGGGGAGCUUUAAAAACCAAACUUUUCUUAUCAGCAUUUACCAAGUCUUACAGGAGCAUCAGCGCAGAGACUCUGACCUGUUUUUGUUGGACACCCGAGUCGUGUGGGCCUCAGAGGAAGGCUGGCUGGAAUUUGACAUCACGGCCACAAGCAAUCUGUGGGUCGUGACCCCACAGCACAACAUGGGCCUUCAGCUGAGUGUGGUGACGAGAGAUGGUCUCAGCAUCAGCCCUCGAGCAGCUGGUCUGGUGGGCAGAGAUGGCCCAUACGACAAGCAGCCUUUCAUGGUAGCCUUCUUCAAAGUGAGUGAGGUCCACGUCCGUGCCACACGGUCAGCCUCCAGUCGGCGCCGACAGCAGAGUCGCAACCGUUCCACUCAAUCCCAGGACGUGUCCCGGGUCUCCAGUGCCUCAGAUUACAACAGCAGUGAAUUAAAAACAGCCUGCAGAAAGCAUGAGCUCUAUGUGAGCUUCCAAGACCUGGGCUGGCAGGACUGGAUAAUCGCACCCAAGGGCUACGCGGCAAAUUACUGCGAUGGAGAAUGUUCUUUCCCCCUCAACGCGCACAUGAAUGCAACCAACCAUGCCAUCGUGCAGACCCUGGUCCACCUUAUGAAUCCUGAGUAUGUCCCCAAACCGUGCUGCGCACCAACUAAACUAAAUGCCAUCUCAGUUCUAUACUUUGAUGACAACUCCAAUGUCAUCCUGAAAAAAUACAGGAACAUGGUUGUAAGAGCUUGUGGCUGUCACUGA